UCAGAGGUUAAAUUACCUCUCAAUGUAAACAAGCGAGCUGUCGUAAAAUUAUCUGAGAGUUUAUGAAUGAAAAGAAAACUGACAUCGUUUUGGUGUCAUCUGUGCUGUGUGGAAAGUGACCGCGCAGAGAUGACCACACACACUUUGGAGGCAGGAUCAAGUUAGCUAACAACUUGUAGCCAGCCGGAGUUAGCUAACGGCAGCUCGUUUUAUUUGUAUUUUGUUUAACCUUUAUUUAACUAGGCAAGUCAGUUAAGAAUAAAUGUGUAUGUACAAUGACGGCCUACCCCGGCCAAACACGGACGACGCUGGGCCAAUUGUGCCCGGCCCAUGGGACACCCAAUCACGGCCGGAUGUGAUACAGCCUAGGUAACGUCAUAACUCUGUUAGGGUGGGUAUAAUUUGGAACGUUCCAACAGGAAAUCUGUUCUAAAAAAAGUAAAGUACAAGGUUGCCAACAAACAACGCAUACAAAGUAGCACGAUCAACUCACCACGUAGCUUAUUCUCAAUGUUUGUCUAUGGGCUAGCAGAGUGAGGACAGACAUUUUCGGAAUAAACGUGGUGAGUGAAAGAUUGAAUGAUAUAGCCCUCUCCCUACCCGGUGUCUUAUUUCGCCGCUAUACAACUCUGUAUGCGGUGUUUGUUGACGACCUUGUUAUUUACGAAGUUUUUGGAACAGAUUCUUGGAACGUUCCACAAAUGAUACCAACCCACCCAUUACAGAUUAUACCACAAACUUUUCAAAGAAGCAUGGGUUGCAUCGUAUGUAGAGAACAAGAUUGAUGAUUUUCACGAGAAUCUGGAUAACUGCAAUGAAGAAGAAUGUUCACCAGAAUGUUAUGUUUUCGACUGUGGCAACGUGUCUGAGGACACUGUUGUAAUCGAGUGUGCUCCCGUUUCUGAUGUAAACGGCUCAGGUACAUCUGGAAAACCAGCUGAGGGAGUGACGCUAGAUGAAGACUGGAUGGAGAUCUUUGAAGACCUCAAAAAGAAGAUGAGGGAGGAUCUUGAUGGAUGACUCUCCUGAGGUUUUAAACUUCUCAGCGCUGGAGCGGGAGUUGCAGUCUGCUGUAGAAGCAGACAAGAAAUAUCAAAGAGAAAAUGAUGCAAAGUUCCGUGCUCUACACCAGAAGGUCGGAACGUAUGAGGAGUUUAGGGACAUAGUCCUGGCAUCCCACCUGAAACCACUGGACAGGAAGGAUAAAGCUGGAGCUCCUCGCAAACAGCCAUGGAAUGCUCUCGCCUCCACUGACAAAGGGCAGAACCAGACUAGCUGUGAUGAAAUAGGCCUAAAGCCUCAGUUGUCCGAGUUCCAGCCCAGGACAGCAUCAGAGUUCAGCCGGGACUGGCGCAGGUUCGGCAGUGAAAACCCAGAAGAUAAAUACAGCCUCCUGCUCUCCCUAGGUGGAGAGGGCCUUCGGAACAUCUUCAGGGCUGAGGUGGGGUUCGGACUACUGGGGGAAUUUCUUGUGUUCCUUUCCAGUGGUCUCCAGCCUGGGGAUGAGGCCGUGGUGAUAGGGAUCCUGGAGGGGCUGUCCAAAACCCCCAGGUUUGGCCUCAAUGUGUGCCUCCUGAGCCGGGCUGAGAGAGAGGCAUGUGGAGAUCUGUUUCAGAACCUGAGGAAAGCAUCAGCAGCAGGGAAUAGCAGUGUCAAAGGAUCCAAAGGGGAUGUCAUUGUCCGUGGAAGUAAUGUGGAAGAGAUUAAAGAGGCACAAGAUGCUGAGCCAGAGACUCUGUUUCCAGGACAGACCAGCGAGGCUGCCGGAAGAAGCAGUGAUGCUGAAACUUUAAAUGGUAUAAUGCAGUUGUAUGGGGUUCAAACGGUCUCUCCUCCUCAGUAAGAAACAUUACACAAACCCAUAUUGGACUUAUUGUUUUCAGAAAUAACAAUGACUGUUACUAUA